AUGUUCGUGGAAGGUUCGAUCGGUGUUCCCCGCCCCCUUCAAUCACUUACCCCCCUCCUAGGCUGGAACGACGGCACUACUGGCCCCCUCCUUCCCGUUAUCCAGGAGACGUACGGGAUCAGCUUCUUCAUCGUCUCCCUGCUCUUCGUAGCGAACUGCAUCGGUUUCUUGUCCGGGACGUUCCUAAAUGUCUGGCUGGAUGUGAAGAUUGGGUUGGGGAAGGCCAUCCUCCUUGGCGCCCUCGUCCAGCUCGUCGCGUACGCGAUGAUCGCGCCGACGCCCCCAUUCCCGGUCAUGGUCGUCGCGUACGGUCUGGCUGGCUUUGGGAUGUCGUUCCAGAACGCCCACUGCAACGGCUUCAUAGGCAGCCUGAAGAAUCCGUUCUCGAAGUUGGGCGUGCUGCAUGCGACGUAUGGCCUCGGCGCCUUCUGUGCCCCGCUCGCCUCGACCUACUUCUCCACGCAGAAGCACUGGUCCUUCCAUUUCCUCAUCUCCACCGGGCUCGCGCUGCUCAAUGUGUUCAGCCUGCUGUUCGUGCUGAGGGGAAAGAGGCAGGAGGUCCUCAUGGCCGAAGGCGGCGUCGCGCAGCAGGAGCGCCAGUCCGGUGGCGGCAACCGGUACAAGGCGAUCCUGAGCAACCGCUCGGUGAACUUGCUGGCUACUUUCGCGCUCAUUUAUACGGGCACGGAGGUGACGCUUGGAGGAUGGAUCGUUACCUUCAUCAUCAACAAGCGCGGUGGUGGGGAGAGUGCCGGUUACAUUUCGUCUGGCUUCUUCGGUGGUUUGACUGUUGGCCGGUUGGCGCUGAUCUGGGUGAAUAAGAAGGUCGGUGAAUACCGCGCCCUCUUCAUGUACCUGGUCAUCUCCAUCUGCCUCGAAAUCACCAUUUGGUUCGUCCCCUCCAUCAUUGAGAACGGUAUCGCUGUUUCCCUCGUCGGCGUCCUUCUCGGACCCAUGUUCCCCAUCCUGCUUGGCCAGGCGACGCGCGUUGUACCCAAGGUGUACCUCACGCCGAGUGUGGGCUUCAUCGCAGGCAUCGCAAUGGUAGGGUCUGCGCUCCUACCGUUCGCGACUGGUGUGCUGUCGAACCAGUACGGCAUUGGAGCUUUGCAGCCUUUGUUAGUCAACUCGCCUUUUUUCUGAGUGUAAGGAGUGCUGAUGGGUCAC